AUGAUCGACGGCAAGUGCGAGACCAUCGCCACGGCCGCCGACGAGGUCGCGGAGCCCGCCGCGAGCCUCGAGCGCCAGGUCUUUGCCGAGUUCCUCGGCACGGCCUUCCUCGUGUGCACGAUCAUCGGCAGCGGCAUGAUGGGCGACAACCUGUCGCCGGACGACGGCGUCGCGCUCUUGGGCAACACGCUCGCGACGUGGGGCAUCCUCUACGUGCUCAUCACGACGCUCGGCCCCAUCAGCGGCGCGCACUUCAACCCCGUCGUGUCCUGCUGCUUCUGGCUCAAGCGCGAGCUCGGCGGCGCGGCCUUCGCGCUCUUCGUGCCGGCGCAGGUCUUCGGCGCCGUCUUCGGGGCGUUCGUCGCGCACGCCAUGUUCAUGCGCCGCAACGGCGUCUUCGACGGCAAGGACCGCGACAGCGACGGCGAGUUGUUCUCCGAGUUCGUCGCGACCUUCGGCCUGCUGAUGACCAUCUUCGGCGGCAUCCGCGCGAAGAAGGACGUGCCCAUGCUCGUCGGGCUCUACAUCACCGCGGGCUACUGGUUCACGAGCUCGACGUCCUUCGCGAACCCGGCGGUGACCAUCGGCCGCUCCUUCACCGACACCUUCGCGUCCAUCUCGCCCAAGUCGUUCCCGGCGUACUUCGCGGGCCAGGUCCUCGGCCUCCUCUGCGGCCUGCCCGCGUGCGAGUGGCUCUUCUCGCGCAAGGCGCCCCUCGCCGCGCUCGCGACGCUCGCGCGCAAGGAGCUCUGA